AUGGCAUCUUGGCCAGAUAUGUACCAUUCUUACGGUAACUAUGUAGUUCAUCCAGGAGACUCGUUAAGUAAUCCCUUGAGUAAGUUUUAAUCAAGAUAUGUAUUCAGUAGUGGUAGUAUUUGAAUAUAGUUGGUCAAGAAUUCCUAAGAAAUCACUUGUCUUCUGUCUAUUAAUGUUUUAGUCAAUGAAUCCACCGAGAAUCAGAAUCUGUUGACUGGUCACGCUCGUAGUGUAGCACAGGAACGGCGCAGACAAGAGAACGAGCAGUUCAAACGAUUGUCGAUGUUACUACCAGUGGCCAGAGCUAUCAGUGAGAAGCAUCUUGACAAAGCUACAGUAGUCCGACUGGCUGGUACUUAUAUAAAACUGCACCACGCUGUAAAUCCAAUAAAGCUGAGGCCAAUGAAACCUCUGAUAGAGGUCAAUCUGAUUGAUGUAGGUGCAGUAAUAUAACAUUAAUAUAUACUGUAGUUGGAUACUUCUAUUUCUUAAUAAAAUAAGACAUAACCAACGUAUGUUACACUUAUUUUAGAUUCUGGACGGCUUUGUCUUCUGUCUCGACUACGGUGGUGACAUUUUAUAUGUUAGUGAAACGGUCAGUCUACACCUGGGGUUGUCGCAGGUAGAUCUGUGCGGUAACUCGAUAUACUCGUAUGUUCAUCCAGAAGAUGCGUCCAUCUUGAAAAGGCAGCUGAUCCGUUCCCAGAACUCCGAACUGGACUGGUUCCUCAACAUAAGAAUCAAGUCCACGCUGACAAAGCGGCGCAGCAAAGAAAGCCCCAAAUGCGCCUCUGGAUACAAGGUAUGUUGUGCAUCAUGACAACGGUAAAUUGACAUAUAUUUACUGCUACAAUACAUCUAAUAGUUUUACGUUAACCCUUCUCAUACAGAUAAUAUCAUCAUUUAGGUAAUCUCAAUAGAAGUCUACCGUCGUCUAGAUUCAUCGUUCCUCGCCUUCGGGCAGCCACACUCAGUAAAGAUAUCUAAUGGCAUCAAACUAUGUCAACAUACUGUAGUUGUCAACCUAGAUGACUACUUCAGGUUACGGUACUGUGAGAAUUGGUAAGUACUGUAAGAUUCACAUACAAACAUAUACCAUACGCAUCCUCACCUCAAUAACAUCAGUUAAAAAUUAAAGUAUAUGUAACUAUUGACGUAUCUUAAUACCGUAACAAUUCAUAAGUGCAUCGCUUUACAGGGACGGUAUACUGAAGAUAACACAUGGCUCCAGUUUCUACGACCUUAUCCAUCCUUCAGACGUUUACAUAGUGGCAGAAAUGCACAGGCAAUGUAAGGAAUGGCAAUAUAGUAUAACAAUGAUACUUUAGUGAGCAAUAUAGGAUCGUACCGUACUCCCAUAAUGCGAAUCGUUAACUAUGGUAACACUUUCAACGCAGAGGUAUGUUACUUACAAUCAAAAUAAGGUUUUAAGAUAUCAGCAAUCAAGUACGACAGCAACAUGAGGGACGACGAUACCAACUUCAGAAUCACCAUGAUUAUCAACAUCAUCAACUGUGAAUAA